AUGACGACAAUCUUAAAGGAAAAAACCGAGCUUCCAAAUGUUAUUUUUGUUAAACUUCAUAAGGAAGAUUUAUGGAAAAAAACGGAACUCAAGGUAGAAGUCACGGAAACACCUAAACAAGCUGCUUUACCUGAGAAUAUAAUUGACAACGCGCCCAAUGUAAUUCAAGAAAUUGACCUAAUGAAUUUUGAUGAUGAAGUCAUCAAUAACAACAUUGUCACACCAAAUAUAAAAAUUAAUAAUGAGCCUUCUCCAAGUAUAAUCGAUAUUCUUUUAUGCGAUCCCACUUUUGGUUCUAAUAAUUCAAAGAAUAGUGUGACACGAACCUUGAAAACAUAUGAACAUGGAAAUAAAGUACUUGUGGAAAAACCAUCUGAAAAAGAAGGGAUUAAACAAUCUACCGCGGUUGAAGCUAAAUCUCCUGUGGAACUAAAUAAACUCAUGGAUAAUAAUGGUGUACAAUUACGAACUGAUUAUCCUCGUGCUACCACCGAUACCACUAUAAAGAAGGAUAUUCAGACUGAAACUUAUACUGUGAAAUCUACAAAGUUAAUUAACUCUACGACGAAACCAGAUUCGAGUGUUAGGCCGAGAGAAAAAAAAGUUUACACAUUUAUGGAACUGAUUUUAUACAAGUAUUCUCCGCUUACCAAAGAAGUCACUACAGAAUUCAACGUAUUGUUGGACAGCAUUCCUAGCGUGGAAAACGAAUCAAAUCGACCAAGUCGUCGUCGAAACAGCGAUUAUAAUGGCCGUAUAUUUGGUGAAAGUAGCGUGGAAAAUGAAUCAAACCGUGUACCAAGUCGUCGUCGAAACAGCGAUUAUAAUGGCCGUAUAUUUGGUGAAAGCAAUCUUUAUAUAGCGCCUGCCGUCCGAAAGAAUUCUGAGUUAUCACCUGACAUAUCAUUUAUUAAUGAAUUAAUUGUCGCACAAAAUCGCUGGAUUGCUUUAGUGCUUGAGAAGAAACUACAGAAAGAAAAUUGUUUCCGCAGAAAGUGUGCAAAUAUGGCAUCUUCUCAUAUUCAGGCAAAGGAUACGACUGAAGAAAAUUAUGUAACACAAGAUUUCCAAUAUCACGAGACUACAAGACCACGAAAGGCUGUACGAUUCUUAGAAAUCAAUGAAAAUGAUUAA